UUCACCCUCUCUCUCUCUCUCUCUCUCUCUCUCUCUCUCUCUCUCUCUCUCUCUCUCUCUCUCUCUCUCUCUCCCUCUCCAUAGCCAAAAACAUAACUUUUUCAACAUAUCAUUCAUACCAUCUUCUUCUCUUCUUACACGACUUUGCAACAUAUAUUAUAUAUUGAAUCACACUAGAACUUAUCUUUUGCUUUUGUUUUUUUAUUCAAUUUGAAUGGAGGGUCAUCAUCUCCAUCAUCAUCAACAACAACAUCAACAACAACAACAACAACAUCAUCAACAACAACAAAGACAACAACAACAACAACAUCAACAACAUGCUCAUAACAUCAUAGGUACUAGUAGUGUUAACGUUGAUGUCACAGAUAGAUUUCCUCAAUGGAGCAUCCAAGAAACAAAAGAGUUUCUUAUGAUCCGUUCUGAUCUUGAUCAAACUUUCAUGGAGACAAAGAGGAAUAAGCAACUUUGGGAAGUUAUCUCUAACAAAAUGAAGGAAAAGGGUUAUCAUAGAAGUGCUGAACAGUGUAAGUGCAAAUGGAAAAACCUUGUUACUCGCUAUAAGGGAUGUGAAACAAUGGAGCUAGAAGCUAUGAGACAACAAUUUCCAUAUUACAAUGAGCUUCAAGCUAUAUUUAGUGCAAGGAUGCAAAGAAUGCUUUGGGCUGAAGCAGAAGGAGGGUCAAAGAAGAAAGGGAUGCAUGUGUCUUCUGAGGAUGAGGAAGAGUUGGGAAAUGAAGAGAGUGAGGGAGACCACAAAGGCAACAUUAAGAAAAAGAAGAAAAAGGGUAAAAUGGUAAUUGGUGGAGGAAAUGAUAGUGGUAGUACUAGCAAUAAUUUGAAGGAGAUUCUUGAGGAGUUUAUGAAGCAACAAAUGCAAAUGGAAGCUCAAUGGAUGGAAGCAUUUGAGGCAAGAGAGAAUGAGAGAAGGUUGAAGGAAAUGGAAUGGAGGCAAACAAUGGAAGCAUUGGAGAAUGAGAGGAUAAUGAUGGAACAAAGAUGGAGAGAAAGGGAAGAACAAAGAAGGGUUAGAGAAGAAGCUAGGGCUGAAAAAAGAGAUGCAUUAAUCACUAUUCUUCUUGAUAAGCUCACAAGAGAAGACAUGUAGAUGUUUUUUGGUUAGUUGCUAGCUAACUUUUGUAUUGUUUCUCUUCUUCUCAUCAAGCAAGACUUAGGUUUUUGAGGUUUGUUCUAUGAACUCUCAAUUUAUUACUUGGAGAUAACUUUAUGAUCAAUUAUAUAGUAGUUUAGACAUUUUGUUAUGGAUUUUGAAUCAUAUGCGGUCGCUACAAUCUUACAACACUGUUGAUUUUUAAGUUAGAUUCGAGUUUGAAAUUUCUAUUUCGUUGAUCUAACGACUUUGCAAUAGAUGUAUUGUAUGUAGUUACAAAACGCUGUGAUUUAUUGUUUUUUACAAACCAAAAAGGUUUGUUUAGCCAAUAAGCAAUAAAAAAAUAUAGAAGAUAACCGGCCUUACUUUUUUUUA